ACUUGUAUUUAAACCUAUUUUGCAGGUUGGUCGUGGACUGAAGACAAGGAGGUCGCAGGCCAAGACUGAUUUCGAUUCUCAAAAUGGUUUAUUACCCAGAACUAUCUGUCUGGGUCAAUCAAGACCCAUUUCCAAACCAGGAAAUGGAAGGAAGGCUUCCUAAGGGAAGAUUUCCUAUCCCCAAGGAAGUGAACCGCAAGAAGAAUGAGGAGAGCAAGGCUGCCUUCAUGACUCCUCUUGGCAGCUGUGAAUGGCCCUCCCCGAGAAUCAACCACCUCCACUAUUUUUAAGUGUACAUCUCCAUUUGUAUUGCAUUUGUGGUGUGUGGGUUUUGAUGAGGUCAUGGUAUCAUAUAUGGGAUUCUUUUCUGUGUAAAUCAUCAAGUAUAUGAAGAAACUACGGGACUCUGAGCCUUGCUUUAGAGAAUUUCAGUGGACAAAUAAGAUAUCAUCAAACCAGUUUUCACUCAUUCUGACUCCAGUGAAAAUGCUCAGAAUUUCACACUGUGAAUCCACGUUUACGACUCUUCCAGGUGGGCCUUCAGGCCUGGUUCUCUACAGCGGCGACGACAACGGUGCGUCUUCCACAACUCAAACCCCUUCUGCUCUCACUCAACUGGUCCACACCUGCCUUUCACUCACACAACUCCCUACUGCUUCUGGCAGAGGCUGAGAGUCCCCAUUUCUUGGGUUUUGUUUUAUUGGUUUUGGGUUUUUUAUUCUUUCAUUUGGAUGUAACAAUCCUAGUAGUUUCUGUUCAUCGAUGGUCUGUAUAUCUCUAUAUUUUACCUAUGUACUCUUUGGAUGUAUAGAAGUAGUUUGAAACUCAUUGUUUCCUCGUGGUAAGUGACCGAGAUGCUGCCACAGGACCUGAGACACUGAUGAAUGGUGCUAUUUUGGACUUUCAACAUGCUCCUUGGCGAGGUAGCUCUGAUGGAGUUGUUUUUUAUUUCCAUGUUCUAAGAAGGUGUUGGUACUCUUGUUUCCCUGAAUGUUCUUCUCUAGACUGGAUUGACUUGUUUUCCUUGUGUCUUCAGUGUGGCUUUCUUCUUCAGCAUGACAAGUUAAGCCAAUGCUUCCAGACAGACUGAGACCAUGUCUCCUGGGUGGAUACUUAAGAGCAUGCAGGCACUGUAUCGGGGGCAAUCACAAAGCUGUAAUUUACUGACAAAAAUCUCUUCCUUGCGGUCGCCUUGCCUGCCUUAGAGAGAGAAAAGCAAUAAUUUACAGUGUUUUUAGGUGUCUGUUUUGGUUUUUUUUUGUGUGUGUGAAAAUAUUUUUGGGGAAUAAAAGGCAAAUUCAAUUUUCAAUAAUUUCCCUCCAAAAUUCAAAUAUUUGUUAAGUAGAAAAUUACCCCAAACUACAUUUGAAAAUAUGACUUUAUAAAAUUUAACUUAAAAAUUAAAGGCAGCGCACUUUUUUGAAGCAAUUUUAUUAGCAAGGAGUAGAUUAUACGUUUUUGUCCUUGCUCCCAGUGAAAAUGAUUAAAUAAAACCAGAUAAUACCAUCUACUCAUGGAAUGUUGUUGUAUUAGCCAGUCUGAAAGCCCACCUUAAUUUUUAUAUGACUGUCUUUUAGCUCUUUUUUGACAGGGCAGGCUUGUUCUGAACUGUUUUGCUUCUGACUGUUAGUCAUACAAUGCACGCUUUGCUUCAUGCUUUCCCUCUCUUGCUUUCCCCUGGGCUUGAGUUACUGGUGCAUUCCCUUACCCCCCUUCUUCCUUUAUUAGAAUAGGAUAUAAGUUGUGUAAAUAAAGCAAUAAAACAGUAUUCUACGUCUGUGGCAUUUAUGUAGAAUUGCAGUUGUGUACUGCUUUGUAACAAUGUGAUUUGUCUGAUGCACUCAAAAUGAUUACCCAAUGUACUUUAGUUAUUUUAUUAGUAUUUGUUCAAUAAAUAUGUAAGUUGUAAGGUAAAA